AUGGACACGGUGGUGACUGAAAACUUGCUGGAGUUCUAUCCCAACGACAGUCCGGAUGCUGUGGUGCUUGCAAACGUCCUGGAGCCUUACCCAGCGGAGGUGAGAAGACUCUUGUUUGCUCAUGUUCAUCAUUUUCUGCGGCCUGGAGGGCAGAUAAUCGUUGCGGUCACGAUAGGUGAGACUGGCUUAGGCACGGCGUCAGAGUCUGUCUUGGACCUGAUCUUCCCAAGUGUGUUCGCCUGA